AUGGCAGCAUAUUCGGAUCAUAUUCCGAUAUGGCUAAAUACAAAUGGGGGGCUGAUAAGAAAAAGGGGCAAGAGGCUUUUCAGGUUCGAAGCAAUGUGGGUAGGCAAUAAGGAUUGCUCAAGUAUAGUGGAGAGGAUUUGGGGAGAGGGAGAAAAUUCUGCUCAAAAUAACCACCUUAUGGAAAAUAUUUCUAAAUGUGGGGAUGAUUUGUCACAAUGGAAUAAAAGGUCUUUUGGUAAUGUCCAAAAAGAAUUGGCUUCAGCCAAAGACAAACUAAAAGGGAUAGAAGAAAUGGACCCAAAUUUCCAACAUACUUCCCUACACAAAGAAGCCAGGGAGGAGGUUCAGAAAUGGUUGGAAAGGGAUGAACUGAUGUGGAAACAAAGGUCUAGAGUGCAGUGGUUAAAAGAAGGGGAUAGGAAUUCGCGGUUCUUUCACCAUAAAGCAAAUGCUAGGAGGAAAAAGAAUGGAUUCCAUCAAUUGCAAGAUGAAUGUGGGAAUUGGAAAAGGGGAGAUCAGAUGGGGGUCUUAGUUGUGGAUUUUUUCAAGAAUUUAUUUUCUUCAGAUUCUCAACCAGAAUUUCCAGAAUGCUUUUCAGAAGUGGGGGUGAGGGUGUCUCCUCAAAUGAACGAAGAGUUACUUCUUCCGUAUGUAGUGGAAGAAGUUGAGGUGGCUAUUCAACAAAUGCAUCCCUCGACAGCCCCUGGUCCGGAUGGUAUGUCUCCUGUUUUUUACCAAAAAUACUGGAGUAAGGUGGGAAAGUCAGUUACUGUUUUUGUCUUAAAUGCAUUAAAUAAUGGUGUUUUUCCUAAGGAGCUAAACCAUACUUUCAUUUCUCUGAUUCCUAAGAAAAACAAUCCUUCCAAAGUGUCUGAUUUUAGGCCUAUUAGCCUUUGCAACGUCCUUUAUAAGAUAAUAUCAAAAGUCAUUGCAAACAGGCUCAAAAAAAUUCUGCCUAUGAUUAUUUUUGAUACUCAGUGUGCUUUUGUACCCGGGAGACAAAUUACGGAUAAUGUGCUAGUGGCAUAUGAGACACUACACUAUAUUCGCAGUAAAAGAGUGGGUCGGAAAGGGUAUAUGUCCCUCAAAUUAGAUAUGAGCAAAGCGUAUGAUAGAGUUGAAUGGGGUUUUUUGAGGGGGAUGAUGAAGACUCUUGGUUUUGCCCAUCAAUGGAUUGAGCUGGUUAUGUUUUGCGUGUCUACAGUUUCCUUCUCUAUACUGGUUAAUAGCAGUCCAAAAGGCCCGGUUUAUCCAUCUAGAGGCAUUAGGCAAGGGGAUCCCUUAUCCCCUUACCUUUUCCUUCUAUGCACAGAAGGGCUGAUUAGCUUAUUGAAAAGGAAUGCUAAUGAGGGAAUGGUGGAAGGGGUGAGAAUUUGUAGAGGGGCUCCGCGAGUGAACCACCUAUUAUUUGCUGAUGACAGUGUAAUUUUUUGCCAAGCGGAUGUAUCUACUAAUGCUAAUAUUCUAUCUCUGCUGGAACUGUAUGAAAGAGCAUCAGGGCAAUGCAUUAAUAAAGAAAAGACUUCGAUGGUCUUUAGUAAAAAUGUUGAUGAGGUUGUGAGAGCAAACAUUAUGGCAAUGUGGGGUGGGAGUAACACUCAGCACUUUGAGAAAUACUUGGGCUUGCCUCCCAUGGUAGGGAGAUCAAAACAAAGAGCCUUUGCUGAUAUUAAGCAAAAAUUGUGGCAGAAAAUUCAGAUGUGGAAAGGAAAUUUGCUAUCUCAAGGGGGUAAAGAGAUCCUAUUAAAAGCAGUAGCUAUGUCCAUCCCGACAUAUGCAAUGAGUUGCUUUUUACUCCCUAAAACCUUAUGUCAUGAGAUGGAAAUGAUGAUGGCCAGAUUUUGGUGGGGUAAUCAAGCUCAGGAGAGGAAAAUUCAUUGGGUAGGGUGGCAGAAAUUGAGUGCAUCUAAAUUUAGAGGAGGGCUGGGGUUCAAAAACUUACAUGAUUUCAAUAUGUCCCUCUUAGCUAAACAGGGGUGGAGGCUUCUUACUAACUUUGAUUCACUUCUCUACAAGAUCUUCAAAGCAAGGUAUUUUCCAAAGAGCUCUCUGUUUGAAGCAAAGAUUGGUUUCAAUUCAUCAUACGUGUGGAAAGGUAUUCAUAGUGCCUUACCUCUAUUGAAAGCUGGAUGUAUCAGAAGAGUGGGGAAUGGGGUGGAAACAAAGGUUUUUAAAGACAAUUGGAUUCCUGGUAUUCAACCAUCAGUUUUGCUAGGUGAAACGAUAGGUCAUCCACAGGAGAACCUGCAAGUGCAGGAUUUAAUGGAUAGUAGCUUGGGUUGGUGGAAUGUUGAUGCAUUAAGAGCUCUCUUCAAUCCAAGAACAGUAUCUCAGAUUUUAAGAAUUAAUGUGUCUUCCAACCAUGAGGAUUCCUGGUAUUGGUUAGAUGAAAAAAGUGGAUCCUUUUCAGUUAGAAGUGGGUACAGAAAUAUUCAAAAAUCCUAUGCUCUAAUAGAGGGGGAAGGAUCUUGGGUUCAAAUUCUAGCCCCCUUUUGGAAGGGUAUGUGGAAUCUGAAAAUACCCUUAAAGAUGAAGAUGUUUGUAUGGAAAGGCUUUUUAGAAAUUCUACCUACAUAUCAAAAUCUUGUGAGGAAAAAAAUUCUGGAGAGUGAUGUUUGUUUGUUUUGCAAUCAAUGUAGAGAGGAUGCAGCACAUGCCUUAUUUUACUGUAGCUCUAUCAACUCCUUAUGUAUCCAAUUUCAACCUCUGUUGGGGGCGAUAGGUUGUGGGAAAUCCUUUGGGGAAAUUGUGCUGGAAGUAAAGGAAAGAGGCAACGAGGAAGGGGUUUUGAAGUUUAUAGCAAUGGCUUGGGGCCUUUGGUAUAGAAGAAAUAAAUUUAUCUAUGAUAACUCUUUUCUUCAGUUUUCUUCUGUUGUUUCUACAGCCCUAUCUAUGCAAUCUGAUUUCAAAAAAGCUCAGCUUCUGGAAAGUAGCAGUCGAGACACCCCAAGGGUCCUAAUCUGGAAACCUCCUCCACAAGGUAGCUUGAAGAUGAAUGUGGAUGGUGCCACCUUCGGUGAGAUCGAUAAAGCUGGAAUUGGUCUGGUUUUACGAGAUCAUGAAGGCAAUGUUUUAAUGACUUGCAGCAAGAUAGAGCACGCGGUUGCAAACUCUGAAUUUAUUGAAGCCACAGCAGUGUUGCGAGGCCUCCAAUUCGGACUGCAGUGGGGCAUUAAUAAGUUGGUGAUGGAAUCUGAUUGUUUGUUUUUAAUUAAUGUGUUAAAUUCCUCAUCUGAAUGUCUAUCUGAUUUUGCCUAUGUAAUAGAUGAGAUAAGAAGAAUUAGAUCUUAUUUCCAUGAAAUCUCCUUUGUGCAUGUAUGUAGGCAAGGUAACAAUGUGGCGCACGGUUUAGCAAGAUUUGCUAGGAAUGUUGAUGAUGUAAGUGUCUGGCGUGAUGGUUGUCCUUCAUGUGUUUCUCAAGCAGCAUGGCUUGAUAGGCAGGUUUUUGUAAGGACUUGA